AUGUCGCGCUUUUGCCGACUCGGGCUGGUCUGCGCGCUGGUCUGCCACUGGCGCCCGCUGUGCGGGGAGCGCGUUUCAGACAGACUCCUGCUUGACACAGCCGACAGCUUCUUGCUCCGGGACCUGCGAGGCCAGCGGCGCGCGGAAGAUGCCCGGAUCCAGGGUGCAUUGGCCAAGGUGCCACCGCCACCUGCUGCUGGACCACAGUCGGCCAUCAAGGUCGGCCUACCCAGCUGCGCCGGCGGAGUUUUGGAACUCGCUGGUAGCUACGAGGUGGUCGAGGCAGUGACCAUCGAGGGCCCGUGCCAGGUCAUGGGAAGCGCCGAGCUGAACUUGCUGGCCCCGGUGCGAUUCCGGGGGAACGCCAGCUUCUUCGGCCGGCUGACGGUGAAAGCCAUCAAGGCUGUCUGGGACGAGUAUGAUGCGACGCUGGACAGCCCCUGUAUCUUCAUCAAUGGCAGCCUUCGCCUGCACCCAGCUGCCAAGCUUCGCUUCGAGGACUGCCGCAACGGCCAGAAGCAGGAGGAGAACGCCCGUGGGGGUGGGCUCAGCAUCGAGGGGGAUGCCGAGCUCCUCGGGGGAAGCUUGCACUUCAGCCGCUGCCAAGCCCGCGGCGACGGGCGUCAGACGGGCAAAGGAGGCGCCCUCUACGUUGGAGGUGCCUUCCGGAACUGGGAUGCCACAAUCGAGGCCACAGGAUGCUCCGCAACUUUCGGAGGCACGAUCUACGUGAAGGAGCCGAUGGCCGUGUUGGGCGGGAAGCUGGCGUUCUCUGGAUCUACUUCCCAGAAAGAUGGAGGCGCCGUCUACGUAAACGCUCCGAUGAAAGUGUCCGGUGGCAACCUCACCAUCCUCGAAUCGAAGGCUGAGGGUGGCGGAGGUGCCAUCCGAGCGCAGCAGGUGGAUGUGUCGGGAGGCAGCCUGACUACCCAGGAAACCAAUGCAGAGAAGAGGGGAGGCGCGAUCGGGGCGACGCACAUCAACGUUUUUGGCGGGUCUAUGACCAUCCACCAGACUCGAUCCAAGGGAGAAGGAGGUGCCAUGACUGCCUUCACGUUCAACAUGACGGGUGGACGCGUCGCUGUGAACGACUCCCGUGCCGGUUCAGAGGGAGGUGCCGUCUACUCGGUGGAUCUCGACAUCUCGGGGGGCAAUCUGACAAUCAACGGAGCGUAUGCGUGGAAAAGCGGAGGUGCGAUUUGGGGAGACAGGAUGAACGUUUCUGGUGGCAGCCUUGCCAUCGUCGGCUCGCGGACUCACUUGAAUGGAGGUGCGAUCCAUACUGAGAAGCUGAUGGCUGUGUCGGGUGGCCACCUGGUCGCUCGCAGGUCCAACGCGGGUCUGAAUGGAGGCUGCAUCCGAACCGACCGCUUCGAGCAGCCGGGUGGCGUCAUUGACCUUGAGGGCUGCCACGCGGGUCAGAGGAGAGCCGGUCAAGGAGGCGCGAUAAAGACUUACACCUUCAGGAAGGCAGCGGCCGCCUGGCUCGCCAUGGCAGGUGGCGAUGCCGAGCACGGCGGGGGCAUCUACGUGAGCGAUCGCGCCGAUGUCCAGGCCGAGAACUUGCAGAUCUCCAACUGCCGGGCCAGCACCUACGGUGGCUGCCUCUUCUUGGAGAAGCCGGCUCAAUUCCAUGGGCCGCUCCAGCUGCAGAACUGCUCCGCCAAGGGUGGAGGUGGGGGGAUCUUUGCCGCCCAAGGGCUCCGCGCGGAGCGCGUGCUCUGCGUCGGCUGCGUCGCUCCCGUGGCGGCGCUCCUGCACGUGGAGGAUGGCAACGGAAGCUUCGGGACGAUCCGGGCCCUUAGCCGCACGCGCCGCGCGUCGCCCUCGAUCGUGGCGGGCGGCCCGAGCUCGCGGCUCCAGAUUGCCACCGUGGACUGCCUUGAAGCCCCGGGCUGCGGGGUGGCGGCAGAGAACGCCGAGGUAGCCCAGCUCCUCUGCCAGCGUGGGGAGGGCCGGCAAGGCUUGGCCAACGGCGAUGGCCACCAGUGCCAGACCUGCCCAGAAGAUCACAUCCGCCUCGUCAUGGACGAGGCGCAUUGCACGCCGUGCCCCGACAUGGGCAAUCUCAGCAUCUGGUGCUCGGCGACCGAGCUCGAGUUGCCAGUGGGAUACAUGGUGGACUACAACCGGAGCGACCCCGGCAGCGUGUCGAAAUGGUACCGCUGUCCCAGCGACCAGGCGUGCCCCGGGGGCUACCUCAACGCCAGCAGCGUGGCGGGUGAGCCGGCGCAGGAGCUGGUACCCAUGUGCGAGGAAGGGUACGGCGGUGUGGGGUGUACGAACUGCACCAUGGGCUACGGGCGCGGGGACAGCAACAUCUUGCAGUGCGUCCACUGCUCCAGCUCCCCUCGCCAGGCCACAUGGUACGCAGGGUUCUUCCUUGCCAAGAACCUGGCCCUCUUCACCUCUGCCGUGGUCAGCGCGAGCAAGGGCCAUCGUGCGGCCAGCUCCACGUUGCUCAACCAGCUGAUGUCCUUCUCUGCCGUGGCCGGCAUCACUAUGUCGGGUGCGAUGCAGACCAAUACCUUCAAGAUAGAGAUCGGGAUCACAGCAAAGGACGUCUUCCGAGUGUUGAUGUUGCCGGUGUCGGUGGCACAAGGGCAAACCAACGCGGGCGGAGGCAUGUCUGGUGAGUGCCUGUUGGAACUCUUCAACGUGGAGAAGAGCCUCCACCAUACUCACGUGCUGAUGUCCCUGUGGCCGGCGCUGCUGAUCGCGUGCCUGGCCAUCGCCAAGGGCGGCUGGUUGGCCGUGGUCGUGGGAGUGAACGUCUUUCUGCCCGCCUUCCUGGCAGGCUUCGGGAAGUAUUUGGUGGCCUUCCGUCUUCGACCGGAGAGCGACCCUAUCGCCGGCGGCUUGCGCUGGGACUUCCUCCCUCCCGGGCCGCACAUGACCUCCCACGUCAGCUUGCGGAUCGCCCUGGUGGUGCUCUCCAUCGUCGCCUUGCUGGCCAUGAGCGUGGGAAGCUGGAUCUUUGCCGUCUGGUUCCGCACCCAGCCACCGCCAGCGCAUGUGGCCUACCUUGUGCAAGCCUACCGCCCAGGCUGCGAAGCUUGGGAGGUGGAGCGAUUGGUGCGCAAGGUGGUCCUGGCACUGAUCACGGCUACGCUGCCGGUCACGCUCUCGCCCGCACUGCAGAUGGAAGCCGUGACUCUGGUGCUAAUCGCGUCCCUGGUGGCGCACCUGUGCUACUGGCCCUACAAGGACGACUCCUGGAACCGGGUGGAGAUUGGCUUGCUCUUCGUUGGGCUCACCAUCACCGGGCUCACCACCUGCCUCAUCGCGAACGAGCACCACUGGGCCAAGUCCUCCGUCACGCAGCGCGCGCUGGUCUUCCUCAUCUGUUCCGUGGCCGGCGGAAUAUGCGUCGUCAUGAUGGCCUCAUUCCUGGUGGCCUACAUUGCUGAGCGACGCAAAAGGGUUUAG